AUGUGGCUUCAGCUAUUUGCACUUAUCGCUUUAGUACAGCUCAUCAAGGCGGCGCCAACAAACGAUGGACAACGCGUCGUCAACGGAACAGACACCACUAUUCAGGAAUACCCGUUUAUGGUAUCCCUCCGGAGUUCUGCUGGAUAUCAUAGUUGUGGAGGAAGCAUUUUAACCCGCAAUUGGAUUAUGACAGCCGCGCAGUGUGUAGAUUCCAACACUGCUAGUCAGCAAACCAUUCAAGUUGGUCGAACGAACGUAAGCAGCAUAGCUGACGAGUCAGUGUUCAAAAUAGAGCUAGUUAUUCAGCAUCCAGAGUACGAUCCGUCGAAUAGUUAUAUCAACGACAUCGCCCUGUUGAAGUUGGUAAAUCCAUUAAAAUUCAGUGUUUCGAUUCAACCGGUGACGCUUCCUGAGCCGUUCUUCGAGGUGGACGAAGCGGAUCUUGAGGUUACUCUUGUUGGGUGGGGUGUGAAUAACGAUGGAAUUUUUUCCGAUACUCUACAAAAGGUGGAUUACUACGUAGUACCGAACGAACAGUGCAAUGAAAUCCAUGGUAACAACACCAUCUACCCGAGUCAAAUCUGUGCAGCCGAGCCUGGUGGUGGCAAGGGACAGUGCAGUGGUGAUAGCGGUAGCCCAUUGUUACACCGUGGUGUUCAGGUUGGGAUUGUCUCUUGGAAUAUCCAGCCUUGCACGAUUGCACCGUAUCCAGGAGUGCUGACGAAAGUGUCACACUACAUCGAUUUCAUUUAUGAACACACUGAUCUAAGGCCGGCUACAGGAUUAAUUUGGGAUCAGUAA